GCUGUUAGAGAAAUGUCUACUUUUUCUAUCUCGCCCGCUGUCAAAAAAUACGACAUCCCAGUGUCAGAACUACGUUUUCUUCAUCCCGGAAAACGGUUAGUCGUGGGCGUCGCUAUAUUUCGUCUUGUUGCCAGUGCCUCGCACAUGUCAUCGAUGAAGAAAGAAUUACUCUUACUUCAAAGAGCAUCGCAUGAAGAUACUUUCCCUGACAUGUACGAAAUACCAGGAGGUCAUGUCGAAGACACCGACGACACAGUCCUUGCGACUGUCUUCCGAGAGACAUUCGAAGAGACGGGUUUAGUCGUGGACCGCGUUGUACGAGAAUUUGAUGGUUUUGAAUAUCCAUCGCGAAAUGGACCUACUGUCCAGCUUAACUUCAUCGUCGAAGUCCACGACGGAGGUAAUGUAACGCUUAAUCCGGAAGAACAUCAGGCGUUUGCAUGGGUGGAACCAGGGGCCAAUCUGGGAUUGUAUGCUUUGACGGGAAACAUGGUGAAAGUUGUUCAGGACGCGCUAGAGAUAUCUGUGCAAACAUAAAACUCUCGUGUGGUUGCAUGCAAGCUUGAUAGCAAAGUUUUAUUGUUAGCGUAGGGGUGUGUGUGGGGGUUGGGUGGGGUCAUGUCUGAGUAUCAUGGAUUGCUUCUAGGAUGAAGAGCCGAUACAUCAUACUCAUACAUGACCUUGUUGCUGCGUACGCCUUGUAACUAAAUGAUCACGACAGCGGCUAGAAAGAUCGCGCAUUUGUCAACAAGUGCAUAAGGAUGAAAUUUUCAGGUGUUUUGUUACUGAUUCUCUGAAUACAAACACAAGUGGCGACAUUUGUACUGAGGCUAGCAACAGUGGAUAUUUAUCCUUUAAAUCUUCAGAAUGCAUCUUGUUAUCUGUCGCAGUACACAUACACUGCCAGCCA